AUGUUUGCUUUAAAAUUUUCAAUAUUGCUUGGAGCACAAAUAGAAGCCAUUACUCAUCGAUCAUUUCUUUAUUUUCAAUGUAUUACAAUUGAUUUUUUUCUUCGUAUUAGUCUUAAUAUGGAUCAUUGGUUAAAUGCAUGUGUAGCUACAGAACGUGCAAUUACUUCAAUUAGAGGAGCGAAAUUUAAUGAAAGAAAAAGUAAAAAAACAGCUAAAUAUUUUAUUAUUAGUCUUAUUAUAUUAAUGAUAAGUACAACUAUUCAUGAUCCUUUACAUCGACGUUUAAUUGAUGAUGUUGAUGAAAAUGGUGAAAAUAAACGAAUAUGGUGUAUUGUUAGUUAUUCAUCAAGUCUUGAAGCGUUUAAUU